AUGCUGUUUAAUUUGAGGAUCCUGUUGAACAAUGCAGCUCUUAGAAAUGGUCAGAGGUUUGUGGUUCGAAAUUUUCGAUGUGGCCAACCAUUACAAAAUAAAGUGCAGCUGAAGGGUCGUGACCUUCUCACUCUAAAGAACUUUACAGGAGAAGAAAUUAAGUAUAUGCUAUGGCUAUCAGCAGAUCUGAAAUUUAGGAUAAAACAGAAAGGAGAGUAUUUGCCUUUAUUACAAGGGAAAUCUUUAGGCAUGAUUUUUGAAAAAAGAAGCACUCGAACAAGAUUGUCAACAGAAACAGGCUUUGCACUUUUGGGAGGACACCCUUGUUUUCUUACCACACAAGACAUUCACUUGGGUGUGAAUGAAAGUCUCACGGACACAGCCCGUGUCUUAUCUAGCAUGACAGAUGCAGUGUUGGCUCGAGUGUAUAAACAAUCAGAUCUGGACAUCCUGGCUAAAGAAGCAUCCAUUCCCAUCGUCAAUGGGCUGUCAGAUUUGUACCAUCCUAUCCAGAUCCUGGCUGACUACCUCACGCUCCAGGAACAUUAUGGCUCUCUGAAAGGCCUUACCCUUAGCUGGAUUGGGGAUGGGAACAACAUCCUGCACUCCAUAAUGAUGAGCGCAGCCAAAUUCGGAAUGCACAUCCAGGCAGCUACUCCAAAGGGUUAUGAACCAGAUCCCAAUAUAAUCAAGUUGGCAGAGAAGUAUGCCAAGGAGAACAGUACCAAGCUGUCGCUGACGAAUGAUCCAUUGGAAGCGGCUCGUGGAGGAAAUGUAUUAAUUACAGAUACUUGGAUAAGUAUGGGACAAGAAGAGGAGAAGAAAAAGCGGCUCCAGGCUUUCAAAGGUUACCAGGUUACAAUGAAGACUGCUGAAGUUGCUGCCUCUGACUGGACAUUUAGGACCUGUAUCAACACAGUUUCAUCAGAUACUCGAAAGGUCUGCAACUCGACAAAGUUUAUAACCCAUUUGCCAGAUGCUGAAUUUGCAUUUCUGCCUUGGAAGAACCAAGAACAGAAUUUGGAAGAGUUCUUGACUCAGAUCAGUGGUCCCAAUCUUGCCAUAUCCUUGGGUAACGUGCAAGGAGAAGAAAGUCUGGAGGUGGGGCCCAGGAUACUGGCAGGAGUAAAGCCUUUUUCAAAGGACAAAAAAGACCAAAUGAUCCUUCUUCGAGAGUGA